AUGGAUCAAAAAUCCAAUGAGAGUAAUACUGAGAGCAUUGCAGCAAAACCCCAGAAAAUUACAAAAUAUUAUUAUGAAAGAUUACUUACAGAAGCUUUUCGAAAAAGCUGAUAUCAAAAUAAGCUUGAAAAAUUCAAUAACCAAGAAGAUGUGAAAUAUGAUAAUUAUCUAAAAAACUAUGCUAAGAAUCAGAAAUUGAUUUUCGCUGUAGGAGUGGUAGGAACAGUUUGUUUUGAUUUUUUUGUAUGCGUACCUCGAAAUUUAGAUUCUAGAACACGAUUUCGAUGUGCUUUGAUUGGAAUUUGCGCAACGAUUAUUGCUAAUAAUAGACUGCAAAAACCUUGAAAAAGAUAUGCCUAUGAAUUAGAAAUGGGUAAAAUAUAUGAAAAACAGCUGAGAGAGAAUAACCCUAAUCUAGAAUUAGCCUUUCAAAAUAUCAAAGAAGAGCAUAAUGCUUUCAUAAAAGAAGCCAAAGGAAACCAGCAAACCAAAGAAGACUCAAUCGAAAUCGCUACAAAAACUGAUGAAACAUCUUAA